AUGGGUGAAAUAUUUGAAGGUUGGACUUGGUGGGUCGAAGAUGCAUUCUUGCUUCAUACACCUGAUGAGCCUGACUGGUUGAGACCUAAAUAUCACACACGAACCGAGAAAGAUGAGCCUCAGUACACAGUAGAUGAAGAAAUUGCCAUGAUGAACGAACAAAUCGAAGCUAGCGAGGGGUUCGAUAUCGAUUUUUCGAAGUUCCGCUGCCUUUUCAACUACCAUCCUGUUGAUUUCAAUGAUAAGGGAUUCGUUGAGGAGCCCGAAACCAAUGCGGAUUUAUUCAAGAGGGUGUCUCAGAAAUCUCUUGAUAAUUACAAUAAGGAAAACAACACAGAAUAUGAAUUUGACAAGCUUGUUAAAGCCAAUUUUCACAUGUCUGCUGGGGUAAUGCUACUCAUUACGUUUCAAGUGAAGGAUCCUUCUGAUAGCAGCCUGCUAAAAGAGUUCCAAGCUAGGGUACACUACUCUUUUGUUGAUGAAAGCGAUUAUGUCUUUUGUAGGCCGAAACCUGAACAAGAAGAUUCGACCAACGAAGAUGGAGUUGAAGUUGCCGAGAAAGAUGACAAGAAACCAGGACUGGAACAGGAGCCUUUAUGCACGACUAGUGUGUUCUAA